AUGCCUGUUUUAUUCUAUACUCUCUUUCUACUUUUUUCAUGGUCUCUCUGCACCACCGCUGGUGCUGUCACUGGCGCGUUCAUUAUUGAGCUUGCAGAUGGUUUCUCGCUUCAGUCAUUCCAUGACAAUGCAAAGGACUUGAAAUACACGAUUCGGCACACCUUCGACAAGCCAGGUAUCUUCGUUGGUCUUUCAGUCACCCUCAGCGAGAGAGAUAGUCCCUCAGACCAGGAGGAGCGGCUUGCUAGUAUCCCCGGCGUGAACACUGUUUCACAAGUCGUGCAAUAUGAAGUUCCAGUUGAGCCUGUCAAACAAGUCUCGUCGCUCGAUCAUCAAGUCGCCCGAUCUUUGAUGAAACGCCAGGAUGAUCCUGGCAACUUUGACUUUACCCUUGCCAUGGGAGGCGUUGACAAACUUCAUGAGGUAAACAUCAAGGGCAAUGGCAUCAAGGUUGGGUUUGUUGACACUGGAAUCGACUACAACCAUCCAGCUCUUGGCGCGGGCUAUGGACCUGGGAAGAAGAUUGCGGGAGGUUAUACAUUCAUAGCCGACGAUGGCACCCUGGUCGAAGGCCCUGAUCCUUUUGCCAACUGCUCGGAGGCGCAUCAUGCUACUCAUGUGGCAGGGAUUGUUGGUAUGGAGCCUCUUGAAUUUCCCGAGGGUUUCCCAAUCACUGGUGUAGCCCCAGAGGCGUCACUUUACGUCUACCGCGUAUUUAGCUGCCAAAGCCCUGGAAACGGAGGUCGGGGAGGAACGAAUGAGAUGAUCAUGAAGGCAAUGAUGAAGGCACUCGAUGACCAAGUUGACAUCCUUAGCAUGUCCCUUUCCCUCAACGAUGGUCAGGUAUCCCCCAUUCCCAAAUCGGAUCCUGUCGCUGGGAUUGCGCAAAAGCUUCACGAUGCCGGCAUCGCUGUCUCUGUGGCCAUGGGUAAUACAGGCUCUCCCAACGCCUACAGCCAUGAGCUGCAUACCCAGACGCUGCCUAGCGAGCUGUCAACUGUCAUCUCUGUCGGCUCAAUCGCCAAUAUACGGUUCCCUCUGGUGUACAGCAAUACAGACUCGAGCGGCGCAGAAUUGCACUAUGCAUCUAUAUGGCCGAUCAACAGGCCAGAUGGUCUAGAUGUGUAUGUCAUCGAAGGGGAUGGUUGCGACAGCAGUGCAUGGGAGAAUGCGGUGAAUUUCGUGCAGGCAAACGGCACGCUUAACAAUACUAUUAUCGUCUACCAAACAACCGACAGCUGCCGGCCCCAGGAAGCCCCAUGCUGUCGGGAAACUGCAGCACCACCAUACAUUCUGGCAGCGGAUGGCAACAACACCAACGUAUACAACAUGGAUUACGAAUCCCCCCUUCCGGAUCGAUUUAAUGACGGCGCGACCAAAGCAUAUACAAUGAUCCCACCCGACUCCGUGACCCUCCUGAGCAACUACCAGGCCGCAGGCGGCUUCGGAAACUACAAGCUGUUCUUCAGCAGCAACAAUACGCUCCAUCCGAAACAGCGCGUGGGGGGCGAGCCAGAUUGGUUCACGUCCUAUGGACCGAUCUGGCAUACCUACGAGCUGAAGCCGCAGAUCUCAGCACCCGGAGGACACAUACUAUCCACUUUCCCUUUGCCUUUAGGGGGAUAUGGCAUCAUUUCUGGAACUUCAAUGGCCACCCCGUACAUCGCUGGGUGCUACGCCCUUGUCAAAUCUCGGUUCCCGACCCUGUCUGUUGAUGAGAUCCUUGUGCUGCUUCAGACCACAGCCAGUCCUGUCACCUGGCCAUACAACGAGGCAAUGCUCGCGACAACUGCACAGCAAGGGGCCGGGCUCGUCAAUGCCUACGACGCGAUCAUGGCCCAGUCUCGCGUCUCUCCAGGCCAGCUCGUCGUCUCGGAUAACAACCGCACGACCUUUGGUGUGGUUAACUUUACCGUCGAGAACCGGGGUGACAGCACACAAACGUACACCCUGGGUCACAGGGGGGCCGGCUUCAUAAACGACUUGCUGAACUUCAUGGAGAUGGUGCAGAGACCCGUGUACGGUUCGGCCGAUUUCCCCACCCCUACAUUUGACCUAGCUCCCGGGGCAGCGACGCAGAUCUUUGCGACGGUGAUCCCGCCUGCCGAAGCCGACGCCCAGAAGCGGCCUAUCUUUGGAGGCUACAUCGACAUUGUUCCUGCGACAGGCGCGAACCUGAGUAUUCCUUACUCGGGUCCUGCGUUUUCGCCUUUCAACACCGACUACAUCACGUACAUCCCAGCGGACGCGAACGGAGAACGAGGCCAACCGGCAAUUUACUUUGUCAACGACACUAAUGGAGAGCGCUUUUACGACAUCGGCUUCGUAGAGGUCAACCGCACUGCCCAAUACGGCUCCUUGCUCAACCGCAUCCAAUGGACUACGCUCUGGCGCGUCGACAUUCUUCCUGCUAAUACCACCAUCCCGGCUCAUCGUUACGGUGCCAACAUUACUGUCCCGGGAGAUUAUGUCUAUGAAGGAUCCGCGGAUCCUCUGGCAGCUCGACUCUUUUCUUACACCAGCUAUGGCAACCUCUUUACCCGGACGGGCUUAGAGGACCCGGGCACUCGGGUGUUCCCUAGUGGAAGCGGAUUCACCGUCACUGACGACGCGGGUCAGCAGCGAACUUUGGGACCGGGCGAUUACCGAUGGUACUUCAGUGUGUUGCGAAUGGGAGGUGAUCCGGGGCAGCUAGGUGAUUAUGAUAGCUGGCUUGGUCCAAUUAUCCGCUUUACUUAA